AUGAGUGAUAGUGAUGUUUCCAAGAUGAAGGUGGCGGAUCUGAAAAAAGAACUAAAGGCACGAGGUUUGAGUGUGAUGGGCAACAAGAAUGAGCUGGUGGAUCGAUUACAAACGGCACUGUUGGAUGGUGGCGAUGUGCUAGAAGAUACGGCCAACUCCGAAGAUCUUUUGGACGACGAAUUGAAUGAUGAUCUGCUGGAUGAGGAUAAAGAUCUUACCGAUCCGGUAGCGGAGGAGGAGCAGAUACUGAAAUCGCCUACGCCGAGCGAAAAAUCGAAAUCUAUUUCGCCGGACCAACCGCGAAAGCCAGAAGACGAACCGAACCACGGCUCAGAAAAGUCCAACGUAUCGGUAACAACCACCCGUAAGAUAUCGCUGAAGCGAAACAUUUCCAUCACGAAGCCCACAUUCGCUGCGAAUCCGAGCACCAGUCCGCUGGGCGAAGCGCCGAAACCCCAAAGGCAACCAUUUUCGACUCAAUCGUCCAGCACCAAUAGUGGUAGCGAUGGAGAACCGGAAAAGAAGGUGGUUAAGCUCGGUCAGCUAAGCGCACUGGAGCGGUUGGAAAUGAGGGCCAAAAAGUUCGGUGCUCAAACAGUGGCACCGUCUAGUACGCCUGCCGCCGGUACCACCAGUUCUACCGACAAAAUGCAAGCCCGUGCGGCAAGGUUUGGGUUAACUGGUACUAGCACCAGUACAUCGGCGAACAGCAACAAAAACACACCGGCAUCGCUGGAAGCGCUGAAAAAACGUGCCGAACGCUUCGGUUGCUCCGUGUCGUCCGAAAUGAGCAAACUCGAGCAGGAGGAAAAGUUGGCUAAGCGACAGGCCCGCUUUGGCCAGACGGUUAGCAGCGGUUCCACUGCAACCAAUGGUGCCGGCAAGGUUUCAUCCGCUUCGGUGGAUUACGCCGAAAAGGCAAGGUUACGGCUGGAGAGGUUCAAAUCUGCCGCCUAA